UUUUGAUGAUUCCAUGUUGUUUCCGAAGAUAUUCAAUCUUGAAAGGAGUCAGCCGCCAUUUGGGAAUACCAGCAAGCCAUGGAUUCAGACGCUUCAUUUGAAAAUCCUCUGUAUAUAGAACUGAAAUAUUUCUGCAAAAGGGUUAAAGAAGCUUACAUGGAUUUAAAAGAUGAUCUGAUUCCGUACAAAGAUAAUCAAUAUUAUAGGAUUGCACCAAUGCGAUUAUAUGCGCUCUCAAAGAGGCACUUUGUCCUUGUGUUUGUCGUAUUCUUCAUCUGUUUUGGGCUGAUAGUUUUUAUUGGCAUAGCUGGUCCAGAAAUUAUUACAACCAGAGCCUUGCCACCAAUUUCAACCAAAAGCAAAGGUCAUCUGUCUCACCCUUUUAAGCUGCAAACACCUGGCUUGUCUACGUACAAUCAAGAACUAUGGUUAAUGUGCCGCUUUGAACCCAAGAAGUCCACAGGUGAAGAAUUCAGGAAAAAUAUUCCAUUGACAGUUGCAGUAAGUGGAGUCAUGCAAGACACUAGUGUGCCAAAUAUCAGAGUCGAUGCUCACAAUCACACCCGGUCACUUCACUGUACAAAUGGGCUAUGUGAUGAAAUAAUUGUACUACACCUUGGUUAUCUGAACUAUACCGAAUACAUGAUUACCAUCACCUUCUAUGAUCUAGAAGAUCCUUUGUUUUCGAUCAAGAAUGUAAAUUUCACUUUGAAGAUGUAUAAUGCCUUAUUUUCCCAAGUGGAAAUCUGGUUCCGAUUUAUCUUUGUUGUUUUCACCUUCAUGGUCACAUGCUUGUUUGCUCAUUCUUUGAGGAAGUUUUCAAUGAAAGAUUGGUCAAUUGAACAGAAAUGGAUGUCCAUUCUAUUGCCUUUGUUACUGCUUUAUAAUGAUCCAUUCUUCCCUCUUUCAUUUCUUGUAAACAGCUGGUUUCCAGGAAUGCUCGAUGACUUUUUCCAGGCAAUCUUUCUGUGUGCAUUGCUACUGUUUUGGCUCUGUGUUUACCAUGGAUUUCGUGUGCAGGGAGAGAGAAAGUUCAUGACUUUCUAUUUGCCUAAACUGUUUAUUGUCGGUCUCCUUUGGUUGGCUGCAGUAACGCUUGGGAUUUGGCAGACAGUUAACGAAUUACAUGACCCAUCAUAUCAGUACAGAGUGGACACAAGCAACUUCCAGGGAAUGAAAGUUUUCUUCCUGAUAGUGGGUUCUGUGUAUAUAUUAUACCUUGUCUUCCUGAUUGUAAGGGCCUGUUCUGAACUGAAAAACAUGCCAUACUUUGAUCUCCGACUGAAAUUUUUGACUGGGCUAACAUUUAUUGUGUUGGUAAUCAGCAUUAUAAUAUUAUAUCUAAGAUUUGGAGCAAAGGUCCUGCAAGACAAUUUUGUCGCUGAACUUUCAACUCAUUACCAUAAUUCAGCUGAAUUUUUAUCUUUCUAUGGGCUGCUGAACUACUACCUGUACACACUAGCGUACGUCUAUUCCCCCUCGAAGACUGCUGUGUAUGAAUCCCAGCUAAAGGACAACCCAGCCUUUUCCAUGCUGAAUGAUUCUGAUGAUGAUGUGAUUUAUGGGAGUGAUUAUGAAGAAAUGCCUCUACAAAAUGGCCGUAUCAGUAAAUCGAAAUACAAGGAUGGGUCAGACAGUGACUGAAGUAUGUCUUCAAAGGACUAAUUGUUAGCAAGAAUGUAUACACUUACUGAAUCCUGAAAAUGGGUGGACUUGAGUUUUCUUCAAUUUUUCAUGCUGCCAUCUACUUACUUAACUGAAUUUUGCAAUUAAAGUCAUCUUAUUGUGACUUCACAAGUAAAGACUUACAUUUUCAUUCUCCAAGCACCUCAUCUAGCUAGUUUAUCCUUAUUCAAUAUCAUGUGAGCAAAGGGGCAGACAUGUAUGUGGAUGAUUAGGGUUUUUUCUUCCAAAGGGAAAAGAGUUAUAAAUAGUAUUUUCUUCAAAAACCUUUUAAGCUUGAUCAAAGAGUCUGAUAGCAUGGAGACAGGCCCUUUGUCCCAAACUGGUCCAUGCCAACCAAAAUGUCCAUCUACUCUCACCCCAUUUCCCUGCAAAUGGCCUAUAUCUUUCUGAGGAGAAAGUGAGGAUUGCAGAUGUUGGAGAUCAGAGUUGAAAAGUAUGGCACUGGAAAAGCACAGCAGAUGGAAGGGGGCUGAGAGAUAAAUAGGAGGAUGGAGUUGGGGCUGUGAGGAAUGUAGCUGGGAAGGCAAUAGGUUGAUGAAGGUGAGGCAUGGAGGUCUGACCUAUCAGCCUCCACCUUCAUCCACCUAUCGCCUUUCCAGCUACCUUCCCCCAGCCCCACCUCUUUAUUUAUCUCUAAGCCCCGUUGACCGCCCCCCACAUUCCUGAUGAAAAGCUUGUCUGAAACAUCGGUUCUGCUGCUCCUUGAAUACUGCCUGACCUGAUGUGCUUUUCCAGCACCUUACUUUUUGAUCCAUAUCCUCUAAACCUUUGCUAUCCAUGUGUUUAACAAAAUGCCUUUUAAAUUAUUAAAGUACCUGCCUCAACAACUUUCACUGGCAGCUCAUUCCAUAUACGUACAACCCUCUGUUUAAAAAAAAGUUGAUCCUCAGGUUUCCUUUUACUCUUUCACCUCUAACCUUAAACUGAUGCCUUCUAAUUCUCGAUUCCCCAACCCUGGGCAAAAGUGCAUUCACCCUACCCAUGCCUCUCAUGAUUUUGUACACUUCUGUAAGAUCCUCCCUGCUCAGUCUCCUACGCUGUAAAGAAUAAAGUCCUAGCUUGUUCAACCUUUCCCUAUAACUCAGAACAUUGAGUUCUGGCAACAUCAUUAUGAAUUUCUUCUGCACUCUUUCCAGUUUAAUAACAUCCUUCCUAUUAACAAGGUGACCAAAACUGAACACAGUAUUCAAAGUGUGGCCUCACCAAUGUCCUGUACAAUUGCAACGUAACUUUCCAACUUUUAUACUCCAUUCCCUGACUGAUAAAGGCCAGUGUGCUAAAAACCUUCAUUGCCCUGUCUACCUGUGACUCCACUUUCAGAAAACUGUGCACCUGAACUCUAAGGUCCAUCUGUUCCACUGCACUCCUUAAGGCUUCUACUAUUCAUCGUGAAACUACCAUCUUGAUUUGACUUUUCAAACUUAUUUAUGUUAAAAUCCAUUUUCCAUUUCUCAACCCACUUCUCCAGCUGAUCAAUGACCUCCUACCAUUUUUGGUAAGUUUCCUCACUGUCCAUGAUACCGCCUAUUUUAGUAUCAUCGGCAAACUUACUUAUCAUUCCUUGUACAUUCUCAUCCAAAUAAUUGGUAUAGAUGACAAACAGCAAUGGGUCUAGCACCGACCCCUGAGGCACUCCCCUAGUCACAGGCCUCCAGUCUGACAAGCAUCCUUCCAGUAUUACCCUCUGCUUCCUAAAAUCAAGUCAAUUGUGUAUCCAACUUGUCAGCUCCCUCGAAUUCCAUGCAAUCUAAUCUUCCAGAGCGGCCUACCAUAUGGAACCUUUUCAAAGGCCUUACUGAAAUCCAUAUAGACUAUGUCCGCUGCCUUGCCCUCAUCAACCUUUCUGGUCACUUCAUCAAAGAAUUCUAAUAAAUUUGUGAGAUGUGAUCUCCCAUGCACAAAGCUAUGUUCCUAAUUAAACAUCUUAUCCCUCAGAAUCUGCUCAAGUAACUUACCCAAAACAAUUGUUAGGCUUACUGAUCUACAGUUCCAGGUUUUUCUUUGCAGCCCUUCUUGAAUGAGCUCGUGAACAUGUAUUUUGUCAUGAAUGUUUGUGGUGUUAACUUGUUUGUAUGUAGGGAGAAAUUUACAGAUCUAAUCACAGUUAAGGUCUGAUGCUUCUGAGACAAACAAAAUUAGAGUGCUGCUUUGUGAGCUAGAUUACUUUUACAUUUUUAAAAUUCAAGACGUUAUUAAGAAAAUAGAUUGACCAACGGACGGGGCUGUAGUUCCUGUCCCUGUUAACAUCAACAUAAAAAGCAGGUUCAAGUAUAAAAUAUUCUGUGAUUUACUUUUCAGAAAUAUUAAUAAAGUUUAGAAUUUCAGUCUUUUUUUAAUUUAAUGCUGCUUUUAUUAUAAGGUUGUAUAUUGUACUUCUGUUAAAUAAGAAUUACAGUGCUGUUGUUUGAGAGCUGAUAUUUAUAAGUAUUGUAGGAGUUCAUUUGCUCUGAUCACAUCUUUGCAGCAAUUUAUUGUUUUGGAGCAAGUACUGUGACAAGUAAAAAUGAACCUCCAUUACCCCAUUUUGGUAACUUUGAACUAUGUCUUGGAAUGUUUGGGAUGGCUGACACUUUCAUUUUGAUGCACUACUUGAUAUUAGUCAAACUUUAAGAAGUAUUUCACUGCAAUAUUAGUUCCAUUAUCACUAAUGUAUUACUAAUUUAAAUAUGGAAAAUUGUAAUUGUGAAUACUUUUAUUCUCUUCCCCCAUUUGUUUUCCUGUCCUCCAAUCUGUUUUAAUGUAAUUGUUGUUUUGUCCUCACUGAUUAA